GCCCUUGCGCUGGCCAAAGCCACCAGUACAUUUUCUCCUGCCGCUCCUUUUUGAUCAGAGGCGAAGAUGAAGUACGUUCUGGUCUCAGGAGGUGUCAUCUCCGGUGUGGGGAAGGGCAUCAUUGCCUCGAGCUGUGGGCUAUUGCUGAAGACUGCCGGUCUAGCUGUUUCUUCGAUCAAGAUUGACCCGUAUCUGAACAUUGAUGCGGGAUUGAUGAACCCAUUAGAGCAUGGAGAAUGUUACGUUCUGGAUGAUGGUGGAGAAGUCGACCUUGACCUUGGAAACUACGAACGUUAUCUCGGAGUUACGCUGUCGAAAGAUAACAACAUCACGACCGGCAAGAUCUACUCGCAUGUGAUCAAUAAGGAACGUCGAGGUGAUUACCUUGGAAAGACGGUACAAAUUGUCCCGCAUCUGACCAAUGAGAUCCAAAACUGGGUUGAGAAGGUUGCGAAGGUUGCUGUGGAUGAGUCUGGAAGGGAACCGGAUGUUUGUAUCAUUGAAUUGGGUGGUACAGUCGGAGACAUUGAGAGUGCGCCGUUCGUCGAGGCUAUGUCCCAGCUGCAGAGACGAGUGGGCAAGAACAAUUUCCUUCAGAUUCACGUCAGUUAUGUUCCCCUGAUUGGCCAGGAACAGAAGACAAAACCCACCCAGAGAGCCAUCAGCGAUGUCCGCAGCGCAGGUCUCAGGCCAGAUCUGGUGGCCUGCCGUUGUGAGACGCCCCUGGAGGAUGCUACUAUCCAGAAGAUCGCCAAUGCCUGCCAGGUUGAACUAGAUCAGGUUGUUGGCGUCCAUAACGUCCCAUCGACAUAUCAGGUUCCUGUCCUUCUGCAUAGACAGGGAUUCCUUCAGACGCUAGGCAACCUUCUCCAGAUCGAUGCCAUCCAGCGCGAUCCCAAGCUCGUGGCCCAAGGAAAGGUCAUCUGGCAGGAAUGGCAGGGUCUGGCUAUGGGCCAGGAUCACGUCUUUGAGACGGUGUCCAUUGCAUUGGUUGGCAAGUACACCAGUCUCCACGACUCUUACAUGAGUGUCACCAAGGCCAUGGAGCAUGCUGCUAUGCACUGCCGCAGAAAGCUCCAACUUGUGUGGAUCGAAUCUACUCACCUGGAAGAGGAGCACAAGGCGACCAACCCUGGCGAAUACCACUCCGCUUGGCAUCAACUGUGCACUGCUCACGGUAUUCUGGUUCCUGGUGGCUUUGGUGAGCGUGGCACAGAAGGAAUGAUCAGAAGUGCUCAUUGGGCCCGUACGAACAAUGUUCCCUACCUGGGUAUUUGCCUUGGUAUGCAGCUGGCCGUUGUCGAGUUUGCUCGCAACGUCUGCGGUAUGACUAAGGCCGGCAGUUCCGAAUUCGACGAGGGCUGUGAACAGCCUGUCGUUGUUUACAUGCCUGAAAUCGACAAGACGAAGAUGGGCGGCACUAUGCGUCUUGGAAAGCGAGUCACGAAGUUCCAGCCUGGCACUGAAUGGUCCCGUCUACGAGCCUUGUACGGCGAGAAGCAGGAAAUCUGGGAGAGACACCGUCACCGCUAUGAGGUUAACCCCAAGGUAGCGGAAGAGCUGGAAAAGUCCGGUCUGACAUUCAUCGGCAAGGACGAAACAGGCGAACGUAUGGAGAUCCUCGAAAUCAAGGAUCACCCCUGGUACGUCGGUGUGCAAUUUCACCCUGAGUACCUGAGCCGUGUCCUGGCACCAAGCAAGACCUUCCUCGGUUUCUUCGCCGCUGCUGCAGGUUGCUUGGAUGAGAUCACCGAGCUGUUCAAGAACCGUCAUGAUCUCAGCCACCAGGAGGCUAUAUAGACCCCCUUCACUAUUAUAGAUUAGAUUUAUUUUCACGGGGAAAAAAAAAAAGAAAAAGCGGCACUUGGUAGGGAGUUAUUGUCUUUUAUAAAUCUCGGGGGUGGUAUUAUGCUUUGAAUAUGAUUGGAUGUCAAAUUUCCAUAAAUUUCCCUCGAUUAUUUGCCAUGAAUGGAUAAUACCCUCAGUGGAUACAUCGACGAAAAGUUCACAUCAGUUGUGCGCACUACGUGUUCUCAACGAGAACGAGCAACUUAUUAUUGUAUAUAGUAGACGUCCAAUGCUAGCAUACCUUUCAAA